AUGGAUCUGCAACCUCAGCUCACAGCUCCAAUUUUCUUGUACAUGCCCAGUAUAAGUUGUGUGCUGCAAGUAAUUCAAUCACCUAAUGCCGCACAUCCUUUUGUCGGCUUCAGUGAGUCGGAGCGUUACUUGGUGAUUGGUUAUAUGGCACACCAAUAUUGUGAGAUCUCUCCGAUCUAUUGCCCAGAUUACGCGGUGGUGACUGGUUUGGAGGCUCUUCUACCUAUUGUCGGUGUGCUCGCGAUCCACCAACAUGGGGAUACAGUGUUUUAUACUGUUUAUGAAAAGCAGCUUGGCGAUGGUAAUUUCCUUCGAGCGACUGAGACCCAGUUUUGUCGGCCAAAUGCAGCAGGGAUCGCCAGCCCCCUGUGGAUUGCCAGUGAUCUCCAGGAUCCCAUCCGAUUCAACCCAGCGACAUUUCCGUUUGGUUUCCCACCUCCCAUCGUUACAAAUAUGGUACCGAUUCCUACCCAAUCUGUGAUGGACGGCCAGUUCGCUUCCGCGCCUCAAUCAGUUGGGCCGAAUUGGUCUGCCAAAUACGAUCAUGUCAUCGAUAACGGCGACUACAUCACCACGGCAUUGCUUGGUUAUGUUGAAGACUCAUCCAUCCCUCCACGAGAACCAGAAGAACCCGAGUAUUUUGGAGUGAUCUCUCCCACAGUCCCAGCUGUGUAUAGCCCGGCACUGGUUUGGAAAGGUACAGAUAUCCUCCUCCACAACGAUGACAGGAAGGCGAUCAAAAACUCGAUGAACAGCUCAGUGUGGAAGCGCCCGAUGUUUUUAACAAAGUGUCUCUUCCAAGGAAGUCUAUGGGUCGGGUUAGGAAACCCGUUCGAUCCUGCUUGUCAAGAAGACCGCGUUAUGCUCACCAAUUGCUUUUUGGAGGCGAUAUCUCUUGACCGUACAUCAUUGCAACAAUUGGUCAACCAUCCGGUGAUCUUACAAAGCCCCCUCGCACACCUACCCGCCGGAGCAUCCAUUGGAUGGGACACCAUUCGUUUGACUUUCUUUGGCACCAUUGAGAACAAACUUUCGGAGUUGCGUAAGAUCGUCUGGGGGUGCAUUCGCUUGAAAUCUGAAUUCUCGGGUGACUCGUCUGAUGAACGGGACAAAAAAGUUAAAUUUUUCUUUGAUCUUUUCAACUCAAACGAUCAAGACGAUAUUGAACUAGCUAUCGCUCAACUUGUGGAGUUGCACAUGUACAAGGAACUCAUGUGGGGGUCGUCGUUACAAACCUUGAGUGGUUUGACUGAGGGCUGCCCCGCUGGCAGAAUCACCAAUUUAUUUCCCGAAGAAGUUCGAGGCGGAAAUAUGGCACUAGGAAAACGUUUUGCUUCAAUGUUGCUAACCGUAAUUUACCAUACAUUUCAUCUUUGGCAACCGGCCAAGACUCCUGGCCGCAGACCGGAAACUAUGUAUCACGUCAUUCUAAAUGCCGUGACGCACAUGUAUGCCAACCCGCACCAGUUUCCCAAGUUUAUGAAGACAAUGGCUAGGUUGCUUUUCAUAAGGGUUGUGAAUGUGUUCCCCAUAGAUCCUAAGUCCCUCGCCCCUAGAUCAGCUGUGAGUGAGAAACGACAGAGAACUCUGAGUGAUAUCAAGCCUAUCAUGCAGACGGAGGUCGAUUUUCCCGAACUCCCUAACGCAGCGUUCACGUCUGUUCGAUCGCAGAGAAUCAAGGAGGUCGCUGCCACAUCAUGCUUUGAAGAUGAUUCUUGA